UUAGAAAAAUUAAUAUAAUUUGUAAUUCUUGUUUUUCUUUCUAGCACAUGGUCAGGACCUUCAUGGAGCCCAGCCCAGAGUUUAUCAAGUGUUCUCUUGUCUAUACAGUCACUUAUGAAUGAGAAGCCCUACUUUAAUGAGCCAGGAUUUGAUAAGGAAAGAAAUCCUGGUGACAGUGCUCGUUAUAACCAAAUAAUAAAGCACGAGACAUUGCGAGUGGCUGUCUGUGAUAUGCUCGAGGGGAAUACUGGAGAUUCCCGAAAUUGUCCUCAGCCACUGCGAGAUGUCAUGGAGAAAUCCUUUCCUGAGUUUUAUGAUUAUUAUGAGUCUUGUGCCAAGGCUAACCUACAUUUGACUAAACAGCACAUGCUAGAUCCAUUUGGAGAGAAACGGGGUUUCUUUGAUUAUGCCUCCAUUCUGCAGAGAUUGCAAAAUAUCAAGGCCAAACUGGAAGCAAAACGGCCAUUUCCUACAGAGCCUGAAUCUCAGUCGGAUAGUUCAGAUUCUUCUUGAAAUCAUAUUCUGCACAAAUGUUUAGUUCUAUUUUGUGUUAUGUCUGUUGUAAUUUGUACAGUAUAUUAUUCAAGUAAAUAAAUGAACUACUGUUUUUAUGAGAGUUAUCAAAA